AUGCUACAAGAAUUCAUGGAGGUUCAGUUCUUGGUCACAAGAUGCUUCCGAAUGUCUCGAAGUCUAUUCCUCUGCAUUCUUGAUGCUGUCAAAAAUUAUAAUAACUUUUUCGAGCAACGCAUGGAUUGCACAGGAAGAUGGAGCUUGUCCACACUGCAAAAAAUAACAGCUUUCUUUCGAAUAUUGGCGUACGGGGUACCAACAGAUGCUACUGACGAGUACAUAAGUAUUGAUCCUAACGAAGCAAACUACGUUAGUAGUGAGGAUCCUUCUUCGACUUCACAAUUCCGAAGGGUGCCCAAUAGUCGUCAACGUGAACAAAUGGAGGAGGAACAAAUCCAAGCUGAUGUGGCCAUGGUGGCACGCCUUGCUCAACAAGAUGACGAUGACGAUAUUCCAUCCACGUACCAAGAAGGCUAUGUCGAUGCAAUUGAUUUGGAGGACGAGAUGGACGAGUUUUGA